AGGUAAUCAAUGAGUGGGCUCACCACAGUCCCAGAUAACAUCAACUUUCCUGCCGAGGAACAGAAAACUUUGAAGUGCUGGAAUGAGAAUAAGGUUUUUGGGAAAUCCCUCAAAUUAUCAGCCGACAGACCACGAUAUACCUUUUUCGAUGGUCCUCCUUUCGAUACCGGCCUUCCACAUUACGGGCACAUUCUUGCUGGAACCAUUAAGGAUGUGGUAACAAGAUGGGCACAUCAAAAUGGUUUCUAUGUCGAGCGCAGAUUUGGAUGGGACACGCAUGGACUUCCCGUUGAGUAUGAAGUCGACAAAACUUUGGGUGUCAAGGGACCUAAUGACAUACUAGAAAUGGGAAUUGGAAAGUAUAACGCAGAAUGUCGAAGUAUCGUCAUGCGGUAUUCUCAUGAAUGGGAGACAACUGUUGCUCGCAUGGGACGUUGGAUUGACUUCAAGAAUGAUUACAAAACUCUUUAUCCUUGGUUUAUGGAAAGCGUAUGGUGGGCUUUCAGCGAAUUGUUCAAAAAAGGACUAGUCUACAGGGGCGUAAAAGUGAUGCCAUACUCUACUUCUUGCACUACUCCUCUCUCGAACUUUUAG